CCCGGUCUGAGUGCCAUGCCAUGCGUACGCGUGUACAUCGGCACAUUCUUUCGACAAUGACGCGGCUACAAAAUCUGCAGCUGGUCUCUAUCUCUAUCAAGUUCCACGACCUGCACAGACGAAGACUCCAAUGUUCAACCCAUUCCGUCCUCCUCCAGCUGCUCCGAAUUUUGGGAGAGGAAAGAUUCUCCCUCAAGGGCAAGCAUCGUUUUUCUCACAACUUGUAUUUCAUUGGUUAUCUCCUUUCCUUGCGGUUGGUUUUUCUCGGCCACUCGAGAAAGACGAUCUCUGGGACCUCCCUUCGGAACGCCUUACCCACAAUGUUACGAAUGAAUUGGAAACCAAUUUCUUCUCUCGAUGUCCACCUGAAAAUCGCCCUUCUUUUCUUGUCAAGGAAUCUGAAUUCUCCACGGCUUUCCAGAAAGCCUUUGAAACCAAAAACUCGUUGCCAAGUGAAACGCCUCCUUCACUUGCGGGCUCGAGGAAUUCUCAUUACGAUUCCUCUUUGGCGAAGGCUAUCCUUCGUACCUUCCGCGAAAGUAUAGUGAUAUCCGGCAUUUUUAAGCUCUUAUCAGAUACCCUGAACACAACAACUCCCUUGGUGAACAAGGUGCUGCUUGCUUGGCUUGAGCAGUCUUAUAUAUACUAUCGUGCCAACGAGGCAGAAAGGGCCGUGAUCCCCGCGCCACGUGGUAUUGGAUACGGAAUUGGACUCGCCAUUGCAAUUUUUGCGAUGCAAGAAACUGCUAGUCUGUUGUCAAAUCAUUUUAUGCAAAAAACCAUGGCCAAUGGACUUUCCAUUAGAAGCGGACUUAUUGGAAACAUAUUCCGGAAAUCUCUCCGCCUGUCAGGAAGAGCAAGGACUGAACAUAGCGUCGGAAAGAUCACGACGAUGAUUUCUACCGAUGCUUCAAGGCUGGAUAGGUUCAGUGCCUUUGGACACAUCCUCUGGGUUUCUCCAAUACAGUUUGCGAUAGGCGUUGGGCUUCUCAUCGGUAACCUUGGAUAUUCGGCCCUUGUCGGUCUGGGGGUCCUCAUCAUUGGGCUCCCAGUGCAAUUUCUCCUCGUGAGAAUAAUAUUCAACCAGAGAAAGAAAGGAGUCAAAAUUACCGACUCGAGGGUUCGUCUUACGAAUGAGGUUCUUCAAGGUGUUCGGUUGAUCAAAGCCUACGCGUGGGAGGAUUUUUACACGACAAUUAUUGGAAAUUUACGGAAAAAGGAGAUCAAGACGAUCCGUAAAUCAGCUAUAGCCCGGUCGUGCUUACUUGCCUUUGUGACCUUCCUUCCAGUGUUGGCUUCGGUACUUUCAUUCAUCACAUACGCCCUUACUAGUCACGAUCUCAACGUUGCCGUUGUUUUCAGCUCGCUACAGCUAUUCAAUAUAAUCCGUGUCCCUCUCACAUUCUUUCCGAUUGUUCUGACAGCACUGUCAGACGCUCUAGUAGCACUACGCCGCAUUGGCUCAUUUCUCACUGCCGAGGAACUUGAUGAACCCUAUCAAGUAGACCCGAAAGGAGACUUUGCUAUUGAGGUCAAUGGCGACUUUUCCUGGGAGACGGUGGGUAAAUUGGAUGGACCCAAGGUCCAAAAACACGCCAAAGGGAAGGAAAAUCCCGAUGUGCCUAUCAGCCGCGAAAAAUCAGCCGCCCGGCGUGACGUACGUCAAGUUCAGGCGACGCCAAGGGACGAGAAAGAUGAAGGGCGACCAUUUACAUUGAAGAGCCUAAAAUUUUCGGUACCGAGAGGAUCAUUUGUUGCCAUCGUGGGAAGGGUUGGGUCUGGAAAGAGCUCGAUCCUGCAAGCACUGGUCGGGGAAAUGAGACGAGUGCAAGGCUGCGUCACCUUUGGAGGAACGGUCGCCUACGUCCCACAGACACCUUGGAUCAGGAACACUACACUGAAGGAGAAUAUUCUGUUUGGUCAGAAAGAAGACGAACAAAGGUUUCAGGAGACUAUCACUGCCUGCAGUCUUGGACACGAUUUGGGGGUACUACCUGAGGGCGAGGAAACCGAGAUUGGGGAAAAGGGAAUUAAUCUUAGCGGCGGUCAGAAGGCCCGUGUUUCACUAGCGCGCGCCGCAUAUUCACUUUCCGAUAUUGUACUAAUGGAUGAUCCCCUGUCUGCUGUCGAUUCAUAUGUGGGGAAAGAGAUACUGAAUAAUUGUAUCCUGAAUGGUAUCAUGGCUGACCGGACCAGAAUAUUGGUCACUCAUGCGCUCCAUGUUUUGGACAAGACGGAUCAUAUCUUUGUGGUAGACAAAGGGAAAAUUCGAGAACAGGGAACGUACGAGUCCCUGAGAAAAGAGAGCGUGCUAUUUUCUCACCUCAUGGAAGAGUAUGGUAACCUCGAAGAACAGGAAAUCAAGCAGAGCGACAAGCGGGAAAACCAGGAACCUAAAAUACGUUCUCUUCCCAACGCCACAAAGCAGUUGAUGCAGGACGAGGAGCGAAAUACGGGUGCGGUAUCCGCGGCGACUUACAAGAGAUAUCUUCGAUUUGCCGGCGGUUUCGUUUGGGCUCCGACGAUUAUCCUCUUGAUUUCGCUCGCGCAAGGCGCUCAAGUGGGGAACAAUCUGUUCCUCGGCUUUUGGACGUCAAACAGCAUACCAGGCUUUCAGCAAGGCCAAUAUAUUGCUGUUUAUGCCGGUCUAGGCGCGGCUUCCGCUGCUCUCCAGUUCUUGACGAGCUUCAUAUUUGCGGUUGCUGGAUUAUUUGCUAGCCUGAGCUUAUUCCGAACAGCGCUACGUGCAGUACUCCAAUCGCCCGUUUCGUUUUUCGAUACAACCCCCAUAGGUAGAGUUCUGUCCCGCUUAUCAAAGGACCAGGAUACUCUCGACCAGGAACUCACCGCAAAUCUCUCUCAGUUUAUGUUGACUUUCAGUUCUGUGCUGGGAACCAUGGCGCUUGUGCUCUACGUUCUUCCCUACCUGGGGAUCAUAUUCAUCCCGAUGAUAGCUCUGUACUACCUGGCUUCGCUGUACUACAGACGGACAUCUGUGGAAACUAAACGCCUUGAUUCCCUCAUGCGAUCUGCGUUGUACAGCUCAUAUACGGAGACGCUGACAGGGCUUGCAACAAUUCGUGCAUACGGCGAACAGGAUCGGGCAGUCAAGGAUGCUGAACAAGGACUGGACCUGGAGAACCGAGCCUACUAUAUGACUAUCACUAUACAGCGAUGGUUAGGCGUGAGACUGGAUUUACUCGGGAAUGUCCUUGUUUUCGGCAUUGUUUUGUUUGCCUCUGGCUUUCGAAAGGCUGUUGAUCCAGCUAAGAUAGGAGUGGUCUUAUCAUACACCAUGAGCAUAACACAGAUAUUUUCAACGAUGGUCACACAGUUUGCGCAACAAGAACAGAGCAUGAAUGCUGUUGAACGAGUACUUGUCUACACCGAACUUCCUGCUGAGGGUGGUGAAACGAACCCCAGUGAACAACCUCCAUCUUCAUGGCCCGACAAGGGAGAAAUCAAAUUUAGCAGUGUUGAUCUGUCAUAUCGAGAAGAUCUACCGCUUGUCUUGAAAAAUGUCAGCUUCUCUAUAAGAGCGGGGGAAAAGAUCGGAGUUGUUGGGCGAACAGGAGCAGGCAAAAGCUCCCUGUUGCAAGCUCUCCUGAGAUUGGUCGAGGUUCAAGGUGGGACAGUUGAAAUCGAUGGUUAUGACACGCGUCAGGUAGAUUUGGCAUGUCUCCGAGGUCGUCUCGCCCUUGUACCACAAGAAAGCACCUUGUUUUUGGGAACGCUUCGAGAAAAUCUUGAUCCUUUGGGUACGCGGACAGACGCUGAGCUGAUCUCCGCUCUGCAAAGAUCAUGGCUUCUGCCAAAGGAAGGACCCGUGGAUCCCACUGUUGAAGCUAAGUUCAGUCUCGAUUCUGCCGUUGGUGAUGAAGGUGCCAAUUUUAGUGCUGGAGAGAAGCAGUUGCUAGCCUUAUGUCGAGCCUUGGUUAAGGGCAGCCGUAUCAUUAUCUUGGACGAGGCCACAAGCAAUGUUGAUGUCGAGACCGACUCCAAGAUCCAGAAAACGAUCCAAGUAGAGUUUGCGACAUCCACGCUGAUUUGCAUUGCACAUCGACUCAACACCAUCGCGUAUUAUGACCGCAUUCUGGUCAUGGAUUCCGGCGAAGUCGCAGAAUUUGACACGGUUUUGAAUCUGUUCGACCGAGAGGAUUCUAUUUUCAGGUCUCUUUGCAACGAAGCCAAUCUCCAGCGCUCUGACAUUGUUCGCAUUCGUACUAGCCAUCAGACGAAGAUGUCAUGAUGUGGCGGAUGCCACCAUCUCUCACAGGG